AUGAGUAACGUCGACGGAAGAAUCCCGGCUUCUGCUGUGAGCCAAGGACCAGGUGUCGGUUCGGCUGCUCGGUCUCGCAUGCCUCAGACGACGAGCGAGUCUGGGCCGAAAAAGAGGAAUCGGAUUAGACUCAAGUGCAAUCGAUCUCAGCCCUGUGACCAAUGCGUGAAGCGCAACAUCACAUCCACUUGUGUCUAUGUCCCUUACUCUUACCCUCGGGAUGUCCUCCGGGCUCAUGCGGCAGCUUCUCAGCGAGGCGGACGCUCGCCGCCCAUUGAUAUCAGUGGGCAGGAGAGACUGAGGCACUUGGAGCACCUUGUGGCCGUCAUGCGUCGGCAGCUCGCUGAGAGGGGCGUAAAUACAGACGAAACACCGAGUAAUAAGUCAGGGGGCUCGCGGGCUACUGCAGAAUCAAAGUUGCCGGAGACCCCUGGAGACCUGACUGGUGUAACGGUUACCACGCCGGCUGGUUCGUUGGUCGGGGACCUGCGUUUUGUGGACGCUGCCAACUGGGAGGCAAUUCUUGAUGAUGUUACAACUCUCACGAAUGAGCUUAAGACCACAGAUGAUGAUCCUGAUGAUAUCGAUGCAUCUGCCGACCCAUUCGUCAGUGCAUCUGGUCCGGUGCUUCUAUCCGGAUCGUGGGUACAAGCCUCCGUGACAGAUAUGCUGUACGACUAUAUGCCUCCGCGUGAAGUAACGGACCGGCUGAUCGCCCGCUUCUUCCGCGGCAAGGAACCUGCUUGGCUUAUGUUUCAUGUCCCGACUUUCAUGAAGCAAUAUGAGGAAUUUUGGGAAGCACCCCACACGUACUCUUUGACGUGGGUAGGGCUCUUAUUCAUCAUGAUUGCCCAUGCCGCGCUGUUCUGCCUUCGGGGAGACGAAGAAGUUCCCGGCAACUUAGGCCCGCCUAUGAACGUGUGCGAUGUGUAUCGCAUUAGGUCGGCCCAUUGCCUAGCCUUGGACGAUGUCACAAAGCCUGGCAAGUACAAAGUCGAAGCUUUGAUUCUCUACUUUGGAAUCGAGUACCUCCGACUCAGCGAUGCUUCCCGCGGCACUUCGAUCCUCAUGACCAUGACGGUUCGUCUUGCCAUGCAUAUGGGACUUCACCGAGACCCGAGGCACUACAAGGACCUCUCAAUCUUUGAGACGGAGAUGCGUCGUCGGCUUUGGACGCUGUUAACCGAGAUUGAUCUUCUCGUUGCAUUCCAGUUUGGACUACCGGCCAAUGUUCAGCCGCGGUAUUUCGAUACUGGCCUCCCAAGGAAUCUCCUGGAUGAAGACUUUGACGAGUCAACGACGGAGCUCCCACCCGAGCGGCCCCAGACCGAGCGGACACCGGCUCUCUACACCAUAGUCAAAUCACGUCUGGUUGCGGCCUUCGCCGACAUUCUGUCUACGGUGACGUCCCGCGAUCAGCCUACGUAUGGGGAAGUACUCCGUCUGGAUAAGAAACUGGAGGAUGCUCACGAAGCCAUUCCGCCUCUUCUCCGGAUGCGGUCCUUCAGCCUGUCUAUACCCGACCCGGUGGAUCUCAUCAUGCAGCGUCUCUGGAUUGAGCUCAUGUACCAGAAAGCUCGCAUUGUGUUGCACCGGCGCUACUUUACGAUUGCCCGCACGGACAACCGAUACAGGUACAGUCACUUUGCUUGCAUCGAUGCAUCCACCAUGAUUCUGCAGCACCAAUUCGACAUCCACAACGAGAUGCUACCGGGCGGCCGACUGUCGAAGGAGCGAUGGUUCCUUUCCAGUCUAAGCACACACGACUUCCUACUGGCGAACAUGAUGUUCUGUCUUGAACUUUCGUAUCUGCUCCGCAAGGAGGACAAUAAUGACAUGGACACCACGCCCGAGCCCAUCAAUAAGGAACGGUUGCUGAGCAUUAUUCGUACCUCUCGAAAUAUUUGGCAGGUGCGAUGCCACGAGAGUUCGGAGGCCAUCCGCGCGUUCAAGAUUCUCUCGAGGAUGUUGACGAUUUCUACGGGCGUCCAGUACGACGGGGCGCCGGAUACGGGUCCGAUGGCGGACAUUCGGCCGGAGCAACGGCCAUCAUACCAAUUUGCCCAUGGUAUAAACCUGCGAGACUUUGCCGAGCAACAUUCUCGCCAGCAAUUCGUGGGCCAGACUCAAAUGAGUUGGGCCGCGCCGCAAGUCGCACAACCAGCCAUGCCGGUUCCGUGGCCGGAACAGCCGACAGCUAUGCCUAUGGCGGAGCCGAUGGGCGAGACAGUUCCUGGACUGGAUUGGGUGAGACUCAUCUUCCCUUCUACUCUGACAUUUGCGCAAGGCUAA